AUACUAAAUAGUUACCAGGGGGUGUUUAUAUAAAAUUAAUAAUAUAUCAAGACAAUAUGAAACGAUUUGCGCUCGCGCUGUAGAAAAAAAUUUGCUACCAGCUGUAUUUGCGAGGGCGGUGGCGAAUAUCACACAAUUAUCAUCCUCCAUUAACACUAGGCCUUUAAUAAAAUUUGUUGGUUUAAAUUAAAGCUUAUUAUUUCUGUCUAGUUACACACUGUUUUAAUUACCCUGAUAUUUUUUUUUUUGUUAUUUCAAUAACAUAUUCUAUUUUUAAAUUUUUUUUUGUUGAUUCAUUUUAACUGGUGUUAUUAUUUAUUGAUUCUUUAUGAAAUUUUAAUGUUUAUUAUAAACAUAACAAUGAUAUGAUAAAUAUCAACUAAAUUUAAUUACAAUGAAAAUUGAAUUGAUAGCUUUGUAAUAAUUCGUGUAAUAUUUAUAAAAAAAAAAAACACAAACAAAUUUUAUUUGUUCUCGUUAGUUACUUGACAGGAAGUUAUUCAUUCAUGGACACUAAGCGUUUAAAUAUGCUCAUGGUACCCAAAAAAACUUGCCAACAACAUCCUUACAUCAACUGCAUCACAAAAUUAUCCAGGAGAAAAAGAGAACGAACGUGACGUUAUAAUGACAUGAUGAAAAAUUUGGUGGGAACCAUGUGGAUUGUUUUAGUUCUCAUAUCAGGAUGCUUUGGUAAUCCAGAUGCAAAACGACUUUAUGAUGAUUUAUUGUCAAAUUAUAACAAACUUGUACGUCCAGUUGUCAAUGUUACAGAUGCAUUACAAGUGAAAAUAAAACUAAAAUUGUCUCAGCUAAUAGAUGUGAAUUUAAAAAAUCAAAUUAUGACAACAAAUCUCUGGGUUGAGCAGUCGUGGUAUGAUUACAAACUUCAAUGGGAUCCAAAAGAAUAUGGUGGUGUUGAAAUGUUACAUGUGCCUUCUGAUCACAUAUGGCGACCUGAUAUAGUUUUGUACAACAAUGCUGAUGGAAAUUUUGAAGUAACACUUGCAACAAAAGCAACUCUUAAUUAUACUGGAAGAGUUGAUUGGAAACCACCAGCUAUUUACAAAAGUUCAUGUGAAAUUGAUGUUGAAUUUUUUCCUUUUGAUGAACAAACUUGUGUUAUGAAAUUUGGCUCUUGGACUUAUGAUGGCUUUCAGGUUGAUUUGAGACAUAUUGAUGAGGUCCAUGGAAGUAAUGUCGUUGAUAUUGGUGUUGAUCUUUCAGAAUUUUAUACUUCAGUUGAAUGGGAUAUUCUCGAAGUUCCUGCUGUAAGAAAUGAAAAAUACUAUACAUGCUGUGAUGAGCCUUAUCUUGAUAUAACAUUUAACAUAACAAUGCGAAGAAAAACUCUAUUUUAUACAGUUAAUUUAAUAAUACCCUGUAUGGGUAUAUCAUUUUUAACUGUACUAGUUUUUUAUCUACCCAGUGACAGUGGUGAAAAGGUCAGUCUUUCGAUAUCUAUUCUUCUGUCAUUGACUGUAUUUUUUCUUCUCUUGGCUGAGAUAAUUCCACCAACAUCAUUAGUCGUACCACUACUUGGAAAAUUUGUUUUAUUCACAAUGAUUCUCGAUACAUUUAGCAUAUGUGUAACAGUGGUUGUUUUAAAUGUUCAUUUUCGUUCACCACAAACUCAUGUUAUGGCACCAUGGGUACGUCGUGUAUUUAUACAUGUAUUACCAAGACUCUUGGUAAUGCGUAGAUUUCCUGAACCUAAAUCACAAUUGGAAAUUAAUAAAAAAAAUUUAGCUAGUUGUCAUGAAAGCCAGCAGCGUAUUAUGAUACAAACUUGCAAUGGUGAUCCUGCAUCAUCAAUUGAUCCUUCAACUCCAGAACUCAUUGAAAAUUCAAGUUUUUUUUCUAGUAUUGAUUCACAUGAUGUACUAGAAUCAAGAGAAUUAGAAGCAGCAAGUUUAGGCAGUGCAUGUAAAAUUCAUGGAUCAGGAUUAAUAUCACCAUUAACAUCACAAUUAUUAACUAGAGAUACUGUUGAAACAUUAUAUAAAACUUUAAAAAAUUGGCAUUAUUGUCCUGAGCUGUAUAAAGCUAUUGAAGCAAUAAGUUUUAUUGCUGAUCAUACCCAACGAGAGGAUGAUUCAAACAAGAUUAAAGAGGAUUGGAAAUAUGUUGCGAUGGUACUGGAUAGAUUAUUUCUUUGGAUUUUUACAACAGCAGUUAUUGUUGGUACAGCUGGUAUUAUUUUACAAGCACCUACAUUGUAUGAUGAUCGUAUACCAAUUGAUAUAAGACUAUCAGAAAUUGCCUCAACUACUGCCAAGCCUCACAUCAUUCCAACUCUUUGAGUAUUAAAAUUUUUUCGUAUAUAGUUUAUUUUGUAAUUUUAAUUGAGCAAAUAUUUUUUUUAAAAACAGGAUAAAUAUAUAGAUUUUGUUUUAUUGAUCAUUGAGAUUAUUUGAAAAAUAAAUACAACAAAUUUUAAACUCCUGUAUCAGAACGAACGAUAAGAAAAGAGAAAGCUCAUAAAUAUUUUUUCAUGGCCCGCUGUAAUAAUGUUUUUAGAAUAUUAAUAAAAAAAAAUAUUUAUAUAGAAAUUAGGCCUUUGGCAUAUACUAUAAAAUACAUAUAUGCUCACAAAUAAUAAUAAAUUCUAAAAAACAAAAAAAAACUAGACUAUACUUGUCAAAGAAAAAAAAAUGAAUGUAGCAUUAUAAACUUGUGCAUUUUUAAAUGACAAAAAAUUAGAUAAUUAAGUUACAAAAAUAAUUAAAAAAUAAUAUUAUCUAAUGAGAAUUAAAUUUUCAUUGGAUAACAAUAUUUUUCUUAUUUUUUUUUUCUAUAUUACCUCACUUGUCUUUGAUUCUUCGUGAUUUUCUGAAUUUACAAAAAUUUACACUGAUUAAAAAUUUACAGAGAUUUUAAAAAUAUAUAAAAAUAAAAUUUUUAUAUUUUUAUUCUGUUACUUUGAAGUUUUCAAAAAUAUGAGAAGUUAAAAAAAAAAAAAAAGAAGAUAUGUAUGUAAAAAUUAUAAUAUAAAAUUUGUCAUAUUUCACAAAUAUUAAACCUGCCUUUUAACUCGUGGUGUUUAUAAAUAUUAAUAAUUAAAUAUACACUAGCCACAAAAAUGCACUAAGUCACGUUUAAAAUAAAAAUAUUGUUUUUUUCAAAUUUUCAUAUAAACAUUAUUAAUUUUUCUUUUAUUUAUUUUCCUUUUUAAUAAUUGAAUUUUCAUUUUUUUUUUUUUGAAGUAAUUUAAUUGUUAUAGUUUACUUUUUCAUCUAGCAAUUUUAAUCUUUAACUGACCUUUUUUUAAAUUAUAUUUUUAUCCAUGUUUUAGUCAAGAGUAAAUAAAUUUGUCAAUUGAUUGUAUUUACCUUUGCAUUUUCAUAGUUUAAAUAAAAUAUAAAAUACAAAAAAUAAAAUAAACACGAGGGAUCAAAGAAAAUUAAAAAUUAAUAAAAUGUAAUUAUUUUUUUUUUUUUUAAGUGUAAUUAAUUAUUUGAUUAAUUUUCAUUUCAACUUUCUAUUAACUGUUUAACCGGCUUAUCGAAGCUUGUGAUUGUCGCACGCAAAUGGAACAAUUCAAUUAAUAGCUAUAAAAAAAUAAUAUUUUUAAAUAAAUAUAGAUUCUGGAAAAUCUAACACAACAUGAUAUAAUUUAGAUUAUUUUUCAGCCUAAUAAUUUCAUUUAAAAAAACAGAUAAAGAAAUUUUUAUUUAUUUUAUUUGUACAACUUGGAAAUUUUAAUUUGCAUAAAAUAUAUAAUUUGACUAUAAAAAAUUUAAGCACAGGAAUAAAAAAAUAUUUAAACAACGAUUAUAAAUAAUAAAGUUGUCACAGUAGAACAAACGACAAAUAUUUAAAAAAAUUAGAAAAAAUUGUAUAUGAUUAUAGAAAAUUAUUAUAACAAUGUGUUUAAUAAUAUAUUCUUCAAUUAUGUUAAUCUAAUUUGAGGCCUAAAAUAAUUUUAAAAUGAUAAAAUUAAUCAUUUUAAACUUAUAAUUUUGGUCCCAUAGUAAAUAAUUAAUUAAACACAUUAAUUAUAAUAUAAAUUAAACAACGAAUAAAAAUAUAUAUCUAUCUAGAUUGUAAAUAUAUAAAAAAAACAAAAUAAUAAUAUACGCACCAAGAAAAAAAUCCAAAAAACAAAAAAAAAACAUUCUAAGUAUUGAAUUAUAUUUUAUUUAUUAUAAAAAAUAUGUUCAAUACAUCAAGUAUUAUAUAAAAAAACUUUAGAAUUGACUAAAUUUUAUUGUAGUAUAAAA